AUGGUUCCUAUAACCAUAACCUUAAGCUCUCUGCUACUACUGCUGCUCUUACUUGUUUCCACUACUGCUUUCCUAUUGUUCAUAGGAAAAAGAAGGAAUGAUGAACUUCCUCCAGGUCCCAGAAGGCUUCCUCUCAUUGGGAACCUUCACCAGCUCGGCAAUUUACCACACCUAUCUCUCCAACUUCUGUCCAAUAUCUAUGGACCCCUCAUGUUUCUGCAACUGGGUUCUAUCCCCACGUUGGUCAUCUCCUCCGCCGACGUCGCCAGAGAGAUUUUCAAGGGCUAUGACCUUGUCUUCUCCGGUAGACCCCUUACGUUCGCCGCCAAGAGACUCUCCUACAGUAGCUCAGCCAUCACCUUUGCUCCCUAUGGUGAUUACUGGAAGGAGAUCAAGAAGAUUACAAUAAUGGAACUGUUGAGCAUCAAGAGGGUCCACUCCUUUAGAGCAGUUAGGGAAGAAGAGGUGGCUCUCAUGGUUGCCACCAUAUCUUCUUCCUCUUCUGUGCCUGUCAAUUUAAGUGAGAUGGUGUUUUGUCUUGCAAACAAUGUUAUCUGCCGAAUAGCUUUUGGCAAGAAGUAUGAGGAAGGAGGAAGCAAUGGUGAGGUUCAGUUCUAUAGAAUUCUUAAGGAAACACAGGAGUUGCUUGGGAGUUUCAGUAUCUCAGACUUCUUUCCAUGGAUGGAAUGGAUCAAUAAGGUCAACGGAUUCCAAGCCAAGGUAGAGGAAACCUUCCACAAGUUGGAUAACUUCUAUGACGAAAUAAUUGAUGAACACCUUGACCCUUCUAAGCCCAAACCUCAGGAGGAAGAUCUUGUUGAUGUGCUCCUUCGGAUUCAAAAGGAUCCCAACCAAGGGAUUUCCCUCACCAGGGAUCAAAUUAAGGGUGUCCUUACGGACAUGUUCAUUGCAGGAACGGACACGGCUGCAGCCACAGUGAUAUGGACAAUGGCAGAGCUCAUUAGGCACCCCACCACAAUGAAGAGAACACAAGAAGAGGUGAGGAGGGCCAUUGGUAGGAAACAGGUAGUGGAAGAAAAUGAACUUCCUAGAUUCAAUUACUUGAAAAUGGUGGUGAAAGAGGCACCAAGGCUUCACCCUCCGGCUCCAUUACUAGUUCCACGAGAAACCAUGGAGGACUGCACAAUUAGAAGUUAUAAAAUUCCAGUAAAAACAAGGGUUUUUAUUAACGCAAAAUCAAUUGCAACAGACAAGAAGUAUUGGGAUAACCCAAAAGAUUUCCAGCCUGAGAGAUUCUUACAUAAAUCCAUAGACUUCCAAGAGCUGGACUUUGAACUGUUGCCAUUUGGAGCAGGACGGAGAGGUUGCCCAGGGAUUCACUUUGCCGUAGUGCUGAUUGAGCUUGUGCUUGCAAAUCUUCUUCACUGCUUUGACUGGGAAUUGCCUCGUGGGGUGGAAGUGUCGGAUUUGGACAUGACAGAAGCAGUUGGGCUUACAAUGCACAAAAAAUCUCCUCUUUUACUUGUAGCUACUACUGCAAAUAUCAGUAGAAAUGAAUGA